ACCAAAAAUCUAAAAAUCGAAACGUGAGAGACUCUUUGUUCUCACGUUCUUGCCUUUAAUAACUUCUACUGUUUUUAUAAUUCUUCCAUUAAUGUCUACUAAUUAACUAACCAAAUUAUCUUAUCUUUAGCUGAUUUCAUCUUCUUAAAAAAAAAAAAAACUGAUUUUUGUUUGUUGUAUUUAAUUCUUUUGCUUCUCAAAAGAACCAGUUUGUUCAAAGAAUCUAAAACAAUCCAUAUAACUAUUUGCCGAACAAAAAUUGAAGUGAAUAAGUGUGUGUUCUGGAGAGCAAAUCAAGAACGGGCUAUUGGGGCGCGAUUAAGUUGGGAAUGUUGAGUAGAUGAGAAUUGUGUUUUUUGUGCUGGUAUUGAACUAAAUGAUAAGGUUCAGCAAUGAAGUCAAUGAACUUAGAGAAGAAAUGGCUAUUUCCUUUGGUUUUAAGUGCGAUUGUGUGUUUUUUCGUUGUUGUAACCUCCUUCAACAUGGGCCUUAUUACUUCAUUACACACAAUCAAUUCAAUCUUUUUAUCUCAUGUUAAGCUAAAUCAAACCAACCCAUAUUUUGCUGAAUCGAUAAUUAACCAAGCUCCACCCCCUCCUGCUAGACCUCCUGUCCCCCGUUUUGCUUAUUUGGUAUCUGGAUCAAAGAAUGAUCUUGAAAAGCUUUGGAGAACGUUGCAAGCGUUGUAUCAUCCACGGAAUUAUUAUGUUGUUCAUCUGGACCUAGAAUCAUCUGUGCAGGAGAGGUUAGAGCUUGCUUCUAGAGUGGAGAAAGAGCCCAUUUUUGCACAGGUUGGGAAUGUGCACAUGAUCACCAAAGCAAACAUGGUGACCUACCGUGGACCUACCAUGGUUGCUAACACUCUUCAUGCCUGCGCGAUUCUCCUCAAGAAGUAUCAGGACUGGGAUUGGUUUAUUAACCUGAGUGCUUCUGAUUAUCCACUGGUGACUCAAGAUGAUUUACUCUAUACUUUUUCCGAUUUAAAACGAGAGUUCAAUUUCAUUGAGUACAGUAGCCGGCUGGGUUGGAAAGAGGGUCAAAGGGCAAUGCCGCUUCUUAUAGACCCUGGUCUCUAUAAGACAACCAAGUCUGACAUAUUUUGGGUCUCGCCAAAGAGAGCUCUUCCCACAGCCUUUAAACUCUUUGCAGGUUCAGCGUGGAUGAUCCUCUCUCGUGCUUUUGUGGAGUACUGCAUAUUGGGUUGGGAUAAUCUUCCCAGAACCUUACUUAUGUACUACACAAAUUUUGUCUCCUCUCCUGAAGGCUACUUUCAGACUGUAGCUUGCAAUGCCCCAGAAUUUGCUACAACUGUUAUUAACCACGACUUGCACUUCAUUUCUUGGGAUCGCCCUCCAAAACAACAUCCACACAAUCUCAACAUAAAUGACACAUCAAGAAUGAUUGCAAGUGGUGCUGCAUUUGCUCGCAAGUUCAGGCGAGAUGAUCCUGUUCUAGACAAGAUUGAUAAAGAACUCCUCCGUCGAAAAAAUGGUAGCUUCACACCGGGGGGUUGGUGUACCAGCAGACCUUCUUGUUUAAAGGUUGGAAAUCCAGCAAAGCUUAAACCAGGUCCAGGGGCUAAAAGGCUUCGGCGUCUUAUUGGUAAGCUAGUUUUGUCAACUAAUACUACUAGGCAACAGCAGUGUAAGUAGUUAUACUUUCCCAUGAAAAAAGGGAGGGGAUUAGAGAGUUCCAUUCAUAGAUCCAGAGAAUAAUAUUAACAUCAGAUUAUUUUGUAAUAUAAAGAUUUACACAUCCUUGUCACCCUAUUGGUGUUCCUGUUUUUGUGUAAGUUUAUCCUUUCUACCCUAAUAAUCUGUGGCUUUGUUUA